AUGUCAAUCGAAACACACACUAGUCUUAUUAGACAAGCCAAACAAGAUCAACAACGGAACUUAGCCAAAUCGGCACAGCUUUCUGGAGAGUUGGCGCAUACGUUAAGAUCCAUUAUCAAGAUCAAUUCCGAUGAUCUGAGUUCACUAUUAGAUAAGAUUUCAACCAUUCAUGAGAUUGACAGAGAAAUUGAUUUACAACUAUCGGAAAACGUAAUCACCAAUUUCGAAGUGUUGAUGUCAUAUAAAGAGCAACUACACAAGACGUUAGCUAAAAUCUAUAGGAGGUUACAAUGGCAAGAUUCCGUGACUAAUGAUAUCAGUGGUUUACAGAGACAAUGUGAGCUUUUGGAUCAAGAUAUAAGGAUUUUAGAACGGACAGUUCACUUACGGAAAAAUAAGUGA